AAUAUAAUAUAGUUAUUAAGUGCUUAUUAAUAAUUACUAUUUUAAUUAAUUUCAUCUAAUUAUUUUCACGGUAUGAGACUACAUUAUUUCAAUUCAAAUUCAGUAUAAUAUAUUUAAAUUUUUAUAGAAAUAAUUUAUUAUUGAAAAUUAGUGUUGUACAAUAUUCAUACUAAAAUUAAACAUGAAUAGCGGCAUGCUAUAUGGUGGAGACGAAAUCGGGGCUUUGGUGUUCGACUUGGGAUCACAGUCGUUUCGUAUCGGUUAUGCCCAAGAAGAUACACCAAAAGCAGAAAUACCAGCAGUGGUUGGUGUCUCGAGCGAUGGAACAGCAGACACUAGUAUGUUAGAACCUGGCGCUAAACAAGGCAAUCGCAUCAAUGAAAACACGAAACAUUUCAUCGACAUUAACUCAUUAUGUGUCCCUCGAAAAGGUAUGGAAGUAGUAAGCUAUAUGAAAGAUGGUAUGAUCGACGAUUGGGAUUUGUUUGAAAAAAUAUUGGAUUAUUCUUACUCAAAGUGCUUACAAACAGAAUCACAAUAUCAUCCAGUAUUAUUUACUGAGUCUCCAUUAAAUAUUAGAUCUAAAAGAGAAAAAUUGGUUGAGUUAAUGUUUGAAAAGUAUAAUGUGCCAGCUACUUUUCUGGGCAAAAAUGCUGUAUUAGCUGCAUUCUCUUGUGGUCGUUCUACUGGUAUUGUGGUAGACAGCGGAGCAACUCACACUUCAGCCAUUCCUGUUCAUGAUGGUUAUGUUAUACCAAGUGCUAUUGUUAAAUCUCCAUUAGGUGGAGACUUCAUUAGUAUGCAAUGUAGACAGUUCCUUAAAGAGAAUGACAUUGAAGUGGUUCCACAUUAUAUGGUAGCACAGAAAGAACAAGUAAAAGAAAAAGAAAAGCCAGUGUGGACAAAGAAACAUACACUUCCUGAAGUAACAACUUCAUGGCAUAAUUAUAUGUGUAAAGCAGUUAUUCAGGACUUAAAGCAUUCUAUAUUGCAAGUAUCUGAAAGUCCAUAUGAUGAGAGAAUAAUAUCAGCUCUUCCAACUUCUCAUUUUGAGUUUCCUAAUGGCUAUAAUCAGGAAUUUGGCAAUGAAAGAUUUAAAAUACCAGAAGCUUUGUUUGAUCCGAGUGCUAGUAUGGGUGGUUCCAUGUUGGGCGUGAGUCAUAUUGUUACCACAAGUGUUGGAAUGUGUGAUGUGGAUGUAAGACCAGCAUUAUACAACAAUGUUAUUGUUACUGGAGGAAAUUCAUUUUUACAAGGUUUCCCUGAAAGAUUAAACAGAGAUCUUUCUGCUCGUAUACCAGCUAGUAUGAGAUUAAAAUUGAUUGCGCCUAAUGGAUCCACUGAAAGAAGAUUUGGUGCUUGGAUUGGUGGUUCAAUAUUGGCAUCAAUUGGAACUUUUCAACAAAUGUGGAUAAGUCAUCAAGAAUUUAAAGAAGGAGGUAAAAGUCAAAUUGAACGCAAGUGCCCAUAAUAAAUUAUUACUUAUUAUUUUAUACAAUACAAUUUUAUACAUUUACUUGUACUUUUGUAGUAUGUAUUUUAUACUUUUUUUUAUAUAUAACACUGGAUGUCUCAUUUUACAAUUACAUUAUCCUUAAGAUAAACAAA